UGCUGGGCGCUGAUUGGCGGCUGCGCUGACAGCAGGCGGGGCCUGGAAGUCGCGGCCAAGCCCGCCCUCGCGUAUAAGCCCCUCUCAGCGCUCUCUCUCCAUCUCUCCCCUCUCUUUCUCUCUCGCUGCUCCCUUCCUCCCUGUAACUGAACAGUGAAAAUUCACAUUGUGGAUCCGCUAACAGGCACAGAUGUCAUGUGAAAACGCACAUGCUCUGCCAUCCACACCGCCUUUCUUUCUUUUCUUUCUGUUUCCUUUUUUCCCCCUUGCUCCUUCUCCCUCUUCUUUGUAACUAACAAAACCACCACCAACUCCUCCUCCUGCUGCUGCCCUUCCUCCUCCUCCUCAGUCCAAGUGAUCACAAAAGAAAUCUUCUGAGCCGGAGGCGGUGGCAUUUUUAAAAAGCAAGCACAUUGGAGAGAAAGAAAAAGAAAAACAAAACCAAAACAAAACCCAGGCACCAGACAGCCAGAACAUUUUUUUUCACCCUUCCUGAAAACAAACAAACAAACAAACAAGCAUCAAAACAGUCACCACCAACAUCAAAACUGUUAACAUAGCGGCGGCGACGGCAAACGUCACCCUGCGGCCACGGCGUCCGCCUAAAGGGAUGGUUUUCUCGGCAGCGCAGCUCUUCGCCGACCACCUUCUUCACUCGUGCUGAGCGGGAUUUUUGGGCUCUCCAGGGUUCGGGCUGGGAGCAGCUUCAUGACUACGCGGAGCGGGAGAGCGGCCACACCAUGCGAGCACAAAUUGAAGUGAUACCAUGCAAAAUUUGUGGCGAUAAGUCCUCUGGGAUCCACUACGGAGUCAUCACAUGCGAAGGCUGCAAGGGAUUCUUUAGGAGGAGCCAGCAGAACAAUGCCUCUUAUUCCUGCCCAAGGCAGAGAAACUGUUUAAUUGACAGAACCAACAGAAACCGUUGCCAACACUGCCGACUGCAGAAGUGUCUUGCCCUGGGAAUGUCAAGAGAUGCUGUGAAGUUUGGGAGGAUGUCCAAGAAGCAAAGGGACAGCCUGUAUGCUGAGGUGCAGAAGCACCAGCAGCGGCUGCAGGAACAGCGGCAGCAGCAGAGUGGAGAGGCAGAAGCCCUUGCCAGGGUGUACAGCAGCAGCAUUAGCAACGGCCUGAGCAACCUGAACAACGAGACCAGCGGCACUUACGCCAACGGGCACGUCAUUGACCUGCCCAAGUCUGAGGGUUAUUACAACGUCGAUUCCGGUCAGCCGUCCCCUGAUCAGUCAGGACUUGACAUGACUGGAAUCAAACAGAUAAAGCAAGAACCUAUCUACGACCUCACAUCCGUACCCAACUUGUUUACCUAUAGCUCUUUCAACAAUGGGCAGUUAGCACCAGGGAUAACCAUGACCGAAAUCGAUCGAAUUGCACAGAACAUCAUUAAGUCCCAUUUGGAGACAUGUCAGUACACCAUGGAAGAGCUGCACCAGCUGGCGUGGCAGACCCACACCUAUGAAGAAAUUAAAGCUUAUCAAAGCAAGUCCAGGGAAGCACUGUGGCAACAAUGUGCCAUCCAGAUCACUCACGCCAUCCAAUACGUGGUGGAGUUUGCAAAGCGGAUAACAGGCUUCAUGGAGCUCUGUCAAAAUGAUCAAAUUCUACUUCUGAAGUCAGGUUGCUUGGAAGUGGUUUUAGUGAGAAUGUGCCGUGCCUUCAACCCAUUAAACAACACUGUUCUGUUUGAAGGAAAAUAUGGAGGAAUGCAAAUGUUCAAAGCCUUAGGUUCUGAUGACCUAGUGAAUGAAGCAUUUGACUUUGCAAAGAAUUUGUGUUCCUUGCAGCUGACCGAGGAGGAGAUCGCUUUGUUCUCAUCUGCUGUUCUGAUAUCUCCAGACCGAGCGUGGCUUAUAGAACCAAGGAAGGUCCAGAAGCUUCAGGAAAAAAUUUAUUUUGCACUUCAACAUGUGAUUCAGAAGAAUCACCUGGAUGAUGAGACCUUGGCAAAGUUAAUAGCCAAGAUACCAACCAUCACGGCAGUUUGCAACUUGCACGGGGAGAAGCUGCAGGUAUUUAAGCAAUCUCAUCCAGAGAUAGUGAAUACACUGUUUCCUCCGUUAUACAAGGAGCUCUUUAAUCCUGACUGUGCCACCGGCUGCAAAUGAAGGGGACAAGAGAACUGUCUCAUAGUCAUGGAAUGCAUCACCAUUAAGACAAAAGCAAUGUGUUCAUGAAGACUUAAGAAAAAUGUCACUACUGCAACAUUAGGAAUGUCCUGCACUUAAUAGAAUUAUUUUUCACCGCUACAGUUUGAAGAAUGUAAAUAUGCACCUGAGUGGGGCUCUUUUAUUUGUUUGUUUGUUUUUGAAAUGACCAUAAAUAUACAAAUAUAGGACACUGGGUGUUAUCCUUUUUUUAAUUUUAUUCGGGUAUGUUUUGGGAGACAACUGUUUAUAGAAUUUUAUUGUAGAUAUAUACAAGAAAAGAGCGGUACUUUACAUGAUUACUUUUCCUGUUGAUUGUUCAAAUAUAAUUUAAGAAAAUUCCACUAAAUAGGCUUACCUAUUUCUAUGUUUUUAGGUAGUUGAUGCAUGUGUAAAUUUGUAGCUGUCUUGGAAAGUACUGUGCAUGUAUGUAAUAAGUAUAUAAUAUGUGAGCAUAUUAUAUACGACUAUUACUUAUACAUGCACAUGCACUGUAGCUUAAAUACCAUACCUACUAGCAAUGGAGGUUCAGUCAGGCUCUCUUCUAUGAUUUACCUUCUGCGUUAUAUGUUACCUUUAUGUUAGACAAUCAGGAUUUUGUUUUCCCAGCCAGAGUUUUCAUCUAUAGUCAAUGGCAGGACGGUACGAACUCAGAAAUAAGUCUACAAAGGAAUAAACAUAAUGUGUGGCCUCUGUAUACAAACUCUAUUUCUGUCAGUGACAUCAAAGCCUUGUCAAGAUGAUUAGGAAGGGGGCAGUAUUUGGAGCCAUUUUCCUGUUUCAAGAAUUAGGCCACAGAUAAUAUUGCAAGGUCCAAGACUUUUUUGACCAAACAGUAGGUAUUUUCUAUUUUUCACCAGAACACAUAAAAACACUUUUCUCUUUUGGAUUUCCAGUUGUGAAGGAAGCUUGAUUUCAGUGCUUAUUGUGUCUUCAACUGAAAACUACAAUCCGUGGAUUAUGACUACCAGCAAUUUUUUCUAGAAACAUUAAAAGAAUAAAUCAGAACCCAGGGCAACAAUGCCAUUUCAUGUAAACAUUUUCUCUCUCACCAUGUUUUGGCAAGAAAAGAUAGAAAGAGAAGACCUAAAGUAAAGAAGUAAUCUUUAUAUUCCUUCUCUUUAAUACCUUUAUUAGGAAAAGUGGCAAUAAAGGAGGAAGCAUAUUAUAAAAUGUUAUAAUAUAAAAAUGUAGCAAAAACUCGACAGAUUAGAAAAAAAAGAUCUGUGUUAUUCUGGAGAUCUAAUGUACCCCAAAGGCAAAACUAAUUCCUAUGCAAUUUACAAUUAUAUCAUCCAUUUACCCUAGAAUUUUUUUUUUAGCAAUUUUUAGAAGUAAAGAAUACAAGGAUGACAUUGGGAUCCGAGAUUUUAGACUUCCUUGUACAAAUCCUCACUUCUCCACCUGUUCAUCAAUGAAAUUAAUCAUAAGAAAAGCAUAUAUUCCAAGAAAUUUGUUCUGCCUGUGUCCUGGAGACCUAUACCUUUGGUAUUUUCUGAUUCAAAAUAAAACUUAAACAAAACAAAACAAAACAAAAAAACUAGGAGAGAAGUUUGUGUAUAAGACAAUGACAAUUAUGGUCUCCUGUAAUCAUAUCCCAGCCACCAACUCCUAAAGAACUGCCCUUUUCUCCUUGCUACACACACACACACACACACACACACACCCCUGCUUUGUAAAGUUUCCAUCAGUGGAAACUUUUAUUAUUAUUAUUUUUAAUCUCUGUGCUCUCCUGAAGUUCAUGGUUGAGCAGCAUCUCCAAGAUACCACAGACCUCUUGAUUGAUGAUCAAAACAGUAGUGUCGCCUUUUCCUUUUAGAAAACGGAACAUUUUCUCACCUCAUGAUUGAUGAAUUCUAAACCAAUGGGGAAAAACAAAAAGGCUUUAAAAUAAUGAAUCUGUUUCUCAACUACUGUUAUAUUCAAUUAAUUUAACUACAUUGAACCAAAUUACCUUUGGUUCUAAGAAGACAGCUGUAGACUGCUUAUUAUGCUGCUACAGGGACUCAAUUCUUUUUGGUGUAAAUGUCACUCCUGCUAGCUCUUUGUAUAAAGAAUUAAUUCCCAGAGUCAUAUUUCCUUCUAAUGGAAAGAUUACUCUACUGAUUGCUAGGAAAACAGGGUAAUGGAAGGCACUCAAUUAAACGAAGCCAUUUCCAAAUGCAAUGUAUGUUUUAUGAUUGGCUUGUGAUAGGCGAUGCUUCAUGUGUCUACUUGGUGUUUCCCUUUGAGCUUUGAACUUAUGUCAAACUUUGUUUUCAUUGUUCUGUUGGCCUGGUGUUUUCCAUUGUCAGCCUGUAAUUCCUGCUCAGUUGCAGAGGGAAUUAUUUAUUUCCUCCAAUUUACCUUAGAGGAUUUAAAUUGGCUCAAUUGAUGAAGUGGCUCAGAAUUUUUUCCUCCCUUUUCCCAUGGGUGAUAUAGGAAAAAGAUUGUUCCCCACAUUUACCUUGGGAGGUACUGCUUUUGAAUUUGUGUUGUUUCCACUAGUGUAAGCAUUUCAUUGGGACAGCAUGGACCUUUUGAAGCUGGGAGGAAGGAAACAGAGCUAGCAUCUGAACCAGAACAAAACAAUGGCAACCAGGAAGUACUCAGCCCACUUAGUUGAGACAAGAUAUUUCUAGUUUGGGUUACAGUUGCCUAACCUUCCCUUAAAAGAGAAUCCAGUCAUGUUUUCAAUGGUAAAAAGCCUUAAAAAGGUGCCCUUCGAAGAUCUCCUAUGACUGUAUGUCAAGGUAUUUUGUACCUACAAUCCCAGAACUUUGUUCCUUCCCCAUGAGGACUAACAAAUGUUCACAACACUCAUGAUCAAGUGUGCACUGGAAGAAAAAAAUCCACAAUCUGGGCUUCUCACUUCGUGCUUCAUAAAUGACAAUCACUGCUCGAUGCAGAUGUUGCACUGUGUCCACUCAGGGAUGUUUCAUUAAAAAAAAAAAAAUACAUCAAGAAGGAGGAAAAAAUUAAAAACGGAAAAAUGACAACAAAACGUGAAUGGUAUACAUUAACUAUGCCGCUGAGAGCACCUCUCUGACAAGGCUUUCAGGCCAACAAGCAGUAACUUCAUGUCAUAAACUGGACUGAAUUAUUUGGACUUGCUGAAAAGUUGCACCCAAGUAAGGACAACUUGGUCUCAUUUUCUAAACUCCGCUAACAGCCAAAUAAUCUAGCUGUCCCAUUCAGAGGAAUUUUUAUCUCCCUGCAAAUCCAAACUUUUCUAUACAGAUCCUGAACAAGGCAAUUACAGAAAUCUAACUGGCAUUAGAUAAAAUGGACAAGGGAGGUGAAACUGGGUGAAUUCAAACUUCAGUGUAUUUGUGGUCCAUAAAAAGAAAGGGUAAUUUUGGAGGGAAAAUAGAACAGGAAAGGAUUCCAAAUCUGGGUUGACCACCCGCAUAUACCCGUACUGUCCAUGACUCAGCUAAUCUUUGUGCCCCUUGUUCUGUGGCUCCUUUUCUGUUUUGAGACAGAUCUUGUUCAACAUGUUGCUCAGGCUGCAGUGCAGUGGCGUGAGAUCUCGGCUCACUGCAACCUCUGCCUCCUGGGUUCAAGUGAUUCUCCUGCCUCAGCCUCCCAAAUAACUGGCAUUACAGGCACAUGCCCCUACACCUGGCUAAUUUUUGUAUUUUUAGUAGAGAUGGGGUUUCACCAUGUUGGCCAGGCUGAUCUUGAACUCCUGACCUCAAGUGAUCCACCCACCUUGGCCUCCCAAAGUGCUAGGAUUACAGGCAUGAGCCACCCCGCCCUGCCUUCGGUAGCUCUUUUAUCCCCCAAAGACUGAAAGCUGAAGGUGGAGAUGUUCUCCACAAACAUACCCUUUCUGAAUUUCCCUUGUUUUAGCACUGCGUUCAGGGCUCUGGACUAAAGUACCUCGGAGUAGGUAAAAUCAGAGACUAUAACGAUCUCCUGAGUGAUUAGAUUUCUUUGGUAGAUUCUAAGAGAUCUUGAAUCAUAAUAAACUCUGCAUAUUAACAAGAGGUCCCAGGGAGGUGUCAGUACAUUUCCUAUCAUAGCUGCCUUGUUCAAAGCAUAACUUCACAGCAGUGAAGUUAAACUGUUUGUAGAAAACCACAAAGAUCAACUCAUGCUCACUCUCUACAAUGUAAUGUGUCCCAGGCUUGAAGGCAAAAAACAAGUCUUGAGUCCCAGGGACAACCUAAAACCUACCAGCUUUUUUCAAAAACAGCAAUCAGAUGCAAAUAAUGGCAGUGUUCUAUGUUCUUUGUUUCUGUUCAUUAUAGAAGCAAGGAAAAAGUCUACUUCUACUGGAAAUUAGAAGAAAUAAUUUCUUCCUGACUCUUUUUUUUUUUCUAUAAACUUUUAUUUCCAAGGAAGCUGCUACAAUUGACAGUCAGUUCAGGCCAUGGAUGUCUGUGCCCUGACAGAAGCACCGUCCAACAGAACAGCAAUAAUUUUAAAGUGUGCUUCUGUAGUGAAACUCUGCACAAAGCCCCCUGCAUAAAGAAGAGGGGAAAGCCUACCAUCUGCUUUAGACGAAGUGCUAUUUCAUGUUCUGUUUCCAACUGCCAGUAUAAGCAGCAGCUAGAGUAAAGACCUGAUGUGGGAAACUAUGGGGGUCUUUCAAAAAAAAAGAUGACACUCUAUUCAUUUUUGGCUCUCAGGACCAGAGGGUACAGGGUAGAGGGUAGUUUGCCAUUUAAAGCAGGGGCUGAAAAUUCGAAAGCCUAAAAGGGCCGGGGGGCUUAAUGCAAAUGGGUGAAGCAGCCCAGUGACAAGCUGGCCAGGAAAUGCCCUGUGGAAAAAGGGACAUCCACGAUUUAGCUGAAGCUGAAUGCUGCUAGAGCUUCUGAAUUUUAUAAAGUCUCUGAAAUUAUACAUAAUGGGAGUUGAUUCAGAGCUUAGUGCAGACCAAACAAAUACAUCACUGAGCAGAAGAGGGCCCGUAAAUGGUCAGCUUGCAGCCUCUGGUUUAAAGCAACAUCGCAUCUGGGACCAGCUCAACGGCGGCAAGUCCGGCCAGAUUCAACCCUGGGCGAUAUUAGAACGAUAUUAGUUUUGGAAGGAGGGGAUGGAGAUCUUCCCCUUCUCAUACUCUAUUUUGUUUUCGUAUGUGAUUGUCACAACUAGAGGAUAUAACAGGAGGUCAGUUUACAAAAUAGCCAACAGUCUAAAAAUGAAAACAAUUCAAUUUAGUGACGGCUUCUAAAAGGCACGUCAACUUGUCUUGCCCACACUCCCUUCUUCAUAGAGCCAGGGGCUAGAUUUCUUGCCACUUUUUUCUGAAAGGCAAAUACGUGACUUUGAUUCUUUUGGGUCUCGACGUGUUUCUUUAACUGUGUGACUUCAACAUCUGUGACAAGUGUUUGUUUUCCCUUCGUCGUAUGUGAAGAAUCUAUUCUAUAGUCGUGAUCAUGUAGUCCUCCAUUGUUUGGAAGUGCAGACCGUGGACCUAUGCAGCAGAUGGGGGUUUUCUAUUUGUGCACUUUUUUCCUAAGCUGCUGAAAUUCCUCCGAUGUGAAUGGGCCAUAGCAAUCUUUGCCUCCUGCGUGACCGUAAGCAUGGCCUCCAGUGGAUCAGAGAAAGCAGCUCAGUGAUUGUUCUCAUGGCCAAAAAUAAAGCACAAGGGUUACCGGAAUUGAAUGAGCCCCGCUCAGGGCCGCACGGGGCAUCUGCACCCCAGCUGGGCAGCACGAUCCUUGUAUUCAACUAUACUCUUCUGGCAGUGGUUGGUGGCAAGCAUUCGCGUGCCUCUGUCACAACCAUACCGUAGACACACAUUAGGUAUGUCUGGAAAGCUACAAAUCCCACAUCCAAGCACAGUGCCGUCUGCUUCAUCUGAUUAACACACACACAAGAAAGAAAAAUUACACCCACAGAAAACUGAGUAUGUAUUGUAGAAAUGUAGAGGAAAAAUAAAAAUAUUUUUUCAAAUGUAAUUACUUUUAAUAUAUGCUUGUGGAGGGUCUAAUACAAUGUAUGCUGUCUCUGUAAUUUUUGCUGUAAAUAACUGGAGACAGUGAGUACACUGAUUUUUCUAUGUCUCUGUUUAAGCAUAAGACUUUGUAACAAUUUUUUUAGAGGGGGAAAUCAACAAAGAGCAAAUAUGUACUUGCUUCCUUUCUGCGUGUUAUGUACUUCUCAGUUUUUUAAUGGAAACUGGUUGUAACAGUUUAAGCAUCUUGACGGGUCAUUGGUGUUAAGUGUAUGCUUCUUUUUGUAAUAUGACUGAGAAAGGGACAGGGCUGUCAAUUAAAUCUGCUCCAAAGAGUUUGUAUCGAAGAUUGGCCUAAGACCUGCAAACUCCAUCUCUAACAAGACAAUA